UUCACUCAUUCGCCCAGUUCGCUAUCAUCGUCUUCUUCGCCUGCGCUCCAAAAAUGCGGGUCUACGCCACCGCUGGCCCCAAUCUCUUCUCAUCGCCGCCUCCCAACCCCCGCAUCAACGACCCCCUUCCGGCCAAUUCCCCACCCCCUCUUCCUCUCCCCGCCAAAUUAAGGAACAAACAACCACCUUCACCAUCGAGACCACCACGUUUUCCGCCGCCUCCUGCGAAGAAAGCCGCACUCAAAGCCACCCACCACCGAUCCCGGUACUACAAACCCGUCUCCGAGGGGGUCCUCACCGGCGAUGAAAUCGGCCGCUCCGUCGUUGUCGGCCCCUCCGGCAUCUCCUACCACCUCCCUGGCGCCCCCUUCGAAUUCCAGUUCAGCUACUCCGAGACUCCUAAGGUCAAGCCCCUCGCGAUCCGCGAGCCCGCCUUCCUCCCCUUCGCCCCGCCCACCAUGAACCGGCCCUGGACCGGAAAGGCGCCGCUUUUGUCCAAGAAGGAGAAGGAGAGGAAGAAAAAUAUCCGACUUUUUGAACCUUUGGGCCAUCCAGACAAGGAGGGCGAAGGAGAGAGUGGGGAGGAUGAGAAGGGUAAGGUGAUGGAGAUGGUGGGUACGCCUGCCAAAUUGGGCUGGUAUCCUAAGGAUGGCCGGAGCCGGGAGGAGAUACUGGGAAUCCCGUUGAAGAAGUGGGAGAUUCAUGCUCUUAUCAAGCCAAUAUUGUCUCACAACCGUCAAGUGAACAUUGGCAGGGAUGGUUUAACACACAACAUGUUAGAAUUGAUUCAUUCUCAUUGGAGGCGCCAGCAAGUUUGUAAAGUUCGAUGUAGAGGCGUUCCCACUGUCGAUAUGAACAACAUCUGCCUUCACCUUGAGGAAAAGACCAGAGGGAAGAUCAUACAUCGAAUUGGAGGUGUUCUGUAUUUAUUUCGUGGCAGAAACUAUGAUUUCCGUACACGCCCAAAGUACCCUAUAAUGCUGUGGAAACCAGCAACUCCAAUUUAUCCAAAACUUAUUCAAGAGGCUCCAGAAGGACUAACGAAACUAGAAGCAGAUCUGUUGAGAGAGAAAGGGAAAAAACUACUGCCAAUUUGCAAGUUGGCCAGAAAUGGAAUAUACAUAAAACUUGUCAAGGAUGUGAGGGAUGCUUUUGAAGGAAGUGAGUUGGUUAAAGUUAAUUGCCAAGGGAUGGAGGCAAGCGAUUACAAGAGAUUAGGUGCUAAGCUGAAGGAAUUGGUUCCGUGUGUUUUGCUGUCAUUUGAGGAAGAGCAAAUAUUGAUGUGGAGAGGUAGAGAAUGGAAAUCAAGAUAUCAAGGUCCUUUGCGUUUAAAUACAAAAAUUCAGAAAAUUGAGGACGGCGAGUCAUCAAAUCUGAAUGAAUCAGGACAAUCAAGUGCUUCCACUUCAGAUACUGCUCCUGGCAUUGAGAUUAUAAGCCCAAAGAUGUUUUCUUUGUGGAAACGUGCAGUUGAAUCAAGCCAAGCAUUGUUGCUAGAUGACAUUGACCUCACUCCAGAUUCUCUUCUCGAGAAAAUUGAGCAUUUUGAAGGCUUGUCGCAGGCAAUUAGCCAUUCGUAUGACGCCUUGAUUCUUCCUACCAGUAAAGAUCCUGAGGGGUCCAAAUAUUCUUCGGAAGGAAGGUUUAGAUUGGAGGCCAGUGAUGUUAGCUAUGAUGAAUUUGGGAGAGAGAACAAAAAUGGAGAAGACCAUUAUAACUACGACAAGAGCGAUUAUGAUAGUGAUGAUGCUUAUGACCACGAUGAGAUCGAACAUAGUGUUCCUUUCGGAUCAUUACCUGUUGAUUCAAUAGCAAAGAGGCUUGGUGAGGAUUGAAAUGUUUAUUAAUUUGAAAGGCAAACGUGUAAAUCAUUCAGCAAGUAAUUCUACAUAUUGAUAUCCGCAUUUGGCAGUUUGUAAAA